AUGGCCGUGCCCUCGGGGCAAUUCGAAAUCAAUCCUUCGGGAAUAAUCUCGCUCCCAAUUCUCGCCAUUGUGUUGAUCCCUUGGCUUCUCAUUCUUUUCAUCCAAUUGCUUCCUAAGGGACCAAUCAUCAAGGGGGUUCCAGGCUCGUUCCUUGAUUUGUUUCUCUGCGGUUCUGCCACCAAGAUCGCCUUCCUGUCCGGUCGGAGUGCCCACUACUUUCAUUCGUUGCACGAAUCCUAUGGCAAGAUUGUGCGUUUUGCUCCAGGCCAGGCAACUACCAAUACCGUUAGAGGUCUGCGCAACAUCUAUGGUGCUGGCUCGGGAAAAGGUACCGCCUUCCUUAAGACCGGUUUCUACAAGGGUAUCUCGAGACGGAAUAUCUUCACUGCGAGUGACCCUGUCUACCAUGCCUCGGUACGAAAGCUGUUCGCUCCUUCCCUUAGCCCCGGCAGCAUGCAGGCCCAUGCAGGUGUUAUCAAGGAGCGGAUUCUCCAUUUGCACACGACUAUGAAGGAGAAGCUGGAGAUGACAGAUACGCUGUCUUUGAACCAGCUACUCUACUGCCACUCCGUCGAUACUGUGUCGGAGGUGCUGCUCGGAAAGCCUUUGGGCUGUCUCAAGCAUGGAAAGCCUUAUUUCUGGACCGAGCAGCUGCCGCGCAUCUUCUACUGGAGUACCAUCCGUGAUCAAUUCAAGGGCUCCGGAGUGCCAACCAUGAUCAAAUGGAUGCUCCGCCAUUUGAUCCGCAAGGGUGUUCGCCAGUCCGCAGAACAGGCGAGAAUGAGACUCAUCAAUGAACAGCUUGGUGCAUCUCACACUCGUCGGGACGUCAUGGUCGAGGUGAUGGAGCGGGCAGGUACAGGCGACCUGCCUGUUCCUGAAAUUGCCGAGAAUUUCUCCGCCAUCAUGCUGGCUGGUUUCCAUACCACCCAGAAUGCUCUCUGUGCGACCAUCUACUUUGUUCUGACCCAUCCUGAAGUGCAUGCCAAAUUGAACCAGGAGUUGCGCUCGGCCUUCACGUCCGCAGAAGAUGUUUCAGGGCACGUUGCACAAGAGCUGCCAUAUCUGAACGCUGUUAUCACGGAGUCCCUCCGCUUGUAUCCUCCUGUCCCAGUGGGAGGUCCGCGUGUUUCACCCGGAGCCUACGUGGAUGGCACCUAUAUCCCGGCCGGAACUGAGAUCUGCACUUCGAUCUUCGCAUUGCACCAUAACCCCGAAUACUUCAAUGAGCCCUACGAGUUCAUUCCCGAGCGAUGGACGGAGCCAGGCUGUACGGACAAGAAGGAGGCCGUUCAGCCUUUUCUGGUGGGCAGUCGGUCUUGUGUUGCCAAGUACUUCGCCAAACAAAUGAUGCAGCUGACUCUGGCUGCGUUCUUCCUGGACUUCGAUGCAGAAUAUGUGGGCCCUGUCAAGGAUUGGCAGCGCGAGAGUCGCUGCUAUGCUUUCUGGGAGCUUCCUGACCUGAAGCUGAAGCUUCAGAAGCGUGAGAUUGAUUAA